GGCGACUGCAUGGAGACUUGCCACUAUUGUUCAGUAAACGCUUUAAGGCUGUGUUUUUCUGUUUUUAUAUCUCUAAAGUAUCUUCUAUCAAUUGACUGCUGUCGUUAGAGCAGCUACAAGUACCUUAGGCAAAUUCCUUGUGUUUUUUUUUUAAAUAUUUUGCGAAUAAAGAAGAGCGAUUCUCAUUCCCAAUUGGCUGUCCUCGUGCGUCAUGCAGUCAGUGCACGCUUCACUGAGCGCAUUGGCUUGUAAAUCAAACCUCAGCAUCUCUCCUCCAAAUCCACGCAGGACUCCUGGUUCCUAGUCCUCUCCAUGACCUUCAUCGAGACUGCUUAGCUGCAUGCAUUUUUUUUUUAAUCCUCGGGAGGUUUGCUCAUGAAAGCGGACACCUAAACUGCAUAGCGGCGUCACUGCGGCUUGUUGGGAGCCUUGCUCAGUUGCGACGAUGGCCAACAUAACGCCAACCGACACCGUAGGAGCAGUUGUAAAGAUGGCGCCUCCAACUGUCCCGCAAGCUGACAAGGGAACUGGAACAAACAGUCACAACUCCCCUGUCAGAACUAAAAAAACAACUCCAGCCAACACAGACAAGAAGCUUCUCUUAAAUGGACUUGCGUCACCAUCACACUUGGUGGCAAACAUUAGCACCAACCAUGUCGGCAAACCAAUUGUGGAGGGUGUCUUGAAGACAGAUGACAGGAUGCGUUUAGCCAAAGAGAGACGGGAGGAAAGGGAAAAAAGCCUUGCGGCACGGGAACAGCUGAUCAAGGAAAAGGAGCGCCGAUCCCAGCGGCAGUACGAGCGCACAGUGGAGGAGCGUUGGAAGCGACUGGAGGAGCAGAAGCACAAGGAGGAACUGCGCAGAGCUGCGGUGGAAGAGAAGCGAAGACUGCAUCUUGAGGAGGAAAAGGAACGCCUGGAGGCCCUGAUGAAACGCUCUCUGGAGCGUAGCCUCAACAUGGAGACCAGACAAAAACGCUGGAGCAAAGGCUUCCCUGUUGGAGCAGGUGACACUGAGAAUCCACUGCUCUCUGUCUCUGCUGCCUCCACCCUUUCCCAUGGCCUUGCCUCCCCUCUUCCUGCUGUCAGCGAAUCUGCGCCCUGCAGUCCUCGCAGGUCACCUUUGUGGAGCUCACGGAGCGCCGCUGACUCCCUCAGAAGUGGACUCCUUGAAGGCUCUCAGUCCACUCCCAACACCCCCAAGAAAAAGCGUUUCCAAAAUGAGAGAAGAACUGCCUCUCCAGGUGGUGCACUUACGCACGCAAACAGAAGAUCUAAUUCUCCUGCAAAUGUCACCAAACAGCUGACAUCAUCGACAACCUCCAAGCUGGCUUCUAAGACGCACAUCCAGUCUCCCAACAACAUCCAUGAGUACCAUCACUCUCCCACUAGACCUCAAUCAUCCAAUAAUAAGAAAGCACACACCAAAGGUGACGCAGUGGGAAACAACAGCCAUAUCCACAAUGCAGCUGACGUAUGUCAAGCCAAAUCAUUGGAAGUCAUCAAAGGUGAUGCAUCUGAAAAUAAAGAGGACUCUUUUAGGAAGGAAACAGAGCAUAUCACUCAAAAUGGAGAGAGGAAAAGAGAAUCAUCGCCAUGCACAGUCACGGGGAAGGUAGCAGCCGGGAUAACCAAUGCAGAGGAUGCUAGCAGGAUGCUAGCGGAGCGUAGACGUCAGGCUCGGGCGCAGAAAGAACUAGAGGACAAAAAAAGAGAGCAAGAGGAAGAAAAAAGGCUCAAGGAAGAUCAGCUGACCAGACAGGACGCACAAGAGCAAUGGCGGCAGGAGGUCAAGGAGUCUGGGAAAAAAGACACAGAUUCAAACACAGGAAUGGAAAAAGAACAGAAACAACAACAGGAUGCGCAGGAGAAGGAGCGAAUGGGCAGAGAGAGAGAAAAGGCUAAAGUCCAAGCAAAUGAAGAAAUACAGCGUCAGCAACAAGACCGAGAACAUCAGACACAACAUAUAGAUGAGGAAAGGCAGCUGAGAAAGAAGAGAAUUGACGAGAUCAUGAAGAGAACGAGGAAAGGGGAGGCUGAUGUGAAGGACGAGCAGGUGGAGACCAGGUUACCACCAGGGGGGGUAAAGACUGAUGAAAGCAAAGCUCAGGAAGAUUUUGAAGGGAGUAAAGAGCAGGUCACAAGCAAGGGCGACGGGUGCAAGAAGAAGCAAGCUGCACAGACGGACUCUAAGAAGCGUGUUGAAAAAAAUACUCAACAAGAGAUACCAGAUCACAGUGUUCCAGAUGAAAUGCUGCACAGCAGAAAAUUGAUAGACAUGGACAAAAACAGCAAGAAAGGUGAGGAUGAUCCCCAACUACACGACAAGGGAAUGCAGGUGAAUGCAAAUAAUCCAAGUAUCAAUUUUAAAGACACGGACCCAUUUAAAGAUGAAAAAACAACCAAUAACACAGGUAAAAGGGUUAAGCAAAAUGAGCUAAAUGGAGCAGUGAGGAGAGCAGAAUGUGUCCCAAUGAGAGAUGUGACCGUAAGUAAAGCGAAGGUGGUGUCCUUGUCUGGGGGAACUGAAGAACGUGUGACACCCCUGCCUUUGGGAAUGCGACCACUACCUACCAUUCAUCUGAUGCCCCAGGAGGUGAAGUGGUCCUGUGAUGUAUUGCAGUCCAUGGACAUCAGUCCAUCUUCGAAGGAGGAAUUGAUUUCCAUCCCAGAAUUCUCACCAGUUAAGGAAAUACAGGAAUGUGGCAUAAGCAACACCCGGGCCCUUCAGGACCUGCUGGACCUGACAGGCAGCGUAUCAUGCUCCAAAAGGACCUCGGAAGGCAACAUCGGCGACUGCAACAAAAACCUGAUCCAGGGGAUCGUCAGCCCCAUUUCAGACGCCAAGCUCAACGGGAUAUCACUUCCCUCCUCAAAUCAACUUAAUAUCCAUUAGUCCAUUGGUGAUAUUUUUUCUCCCUCACACAUACUAGACCUUAGAUCAUAAGUAAACAUCUAUAUCAAUACAUUAAUAGGAAGAGAGCGAUAUAAACUAAUACCUCCAGUAAAACUUUACCUUGCAGUAUUACAACAUUCUAAUCACAGGUAGUCGGGGUGGGGCUGCGAUUGACUGGCAACAAAUCUAGCGUGUAUUAUGCCUUUAGCCUGAACCCAACAGGGAUAGGCCUUGUCGACAAAAUAAGUAGUAGGGAUGGGCUUUUGGCUAAAAUUUCUUCGAUUUCAUGGUGAGAAUAAACAUUCAAUGGAAUGCUUAUUUAUUUAACUCCCAUAGUAAGCCAGUCCUAUACUUUACAUAACAUUGCUGUUAUAGCAGCUGUUUUUAUGAUGAUGAAGAUACCAAAAGUUUAUUUGUUGUAAACUAGAAAAAAAUGGAUUUGGAAUUAAAUUGAUUAAGAUUAAAAAUGAUCUUACUUCAACAAAGAAUUUGACUUUUAGUGAAUAAUUUUGACCUUGCUUGUUAAUGUUAAAGGUAUUUUGAUGCAUUGAUUUGUUACAUAGUCAUUAUACUUUGAUAAACCUAGUUUAGAAAAACAAUACUGAAACGUACAAAGCAGGAAUUUGUCACUUUAAAAAUACUUGCACCACCACUUUUUUUUUUUUUUUUUGGGUCUAAAUGUAGAGCCUGUAUUGAAAUGCCUUAUGGAGAAACUAUGACACCAUGACUCUUGUUUUUGUUCUUUGACUCAUUGUAGUUUUUUCCCAUACUGUAAAGUCAGACCAUUAUCCCAGAAUCUUGUCCAAAACAACGUUGCAUAAUAGUAGCUUUCUUGAAAAUGCAUUUGUCUCCAAUUCACAUUGUCCUCUCAAGGGCUUUUUAAAUUGUCUCUCUUAAAUUGUCUCUUAUCAGACAUUUUAAUUUGUCUCUUAUAGAUCAGACAUUUUAAUUUGAGGAUUUGCUGGAUAUUAUGGAUUGAUAAAGACAGUUGUUCAAAAUUUGAUGGAUAUUUUUUUUAUUGAAUUUAAGGAAAAAUAUUUUAUUUGCACACAAAUUUAAUUUGAGCUCUAAUACAAAUAAAUACAUGAUCUUGU